GUUUCUGUGGAUCCACACUCGGAAAUCGGAACCCAACCGGGUGAAAAAAGUUGCGAUGCGGAAAUUUCCAACAACCGUGGAAUUGGUCCGUAUAAUUUUUCUCCGGUGGAAAAAAUUGGUUUGUUCUGCCUUUGUCAUUUGGCAAAUGCCCCGGAAAACAGAGAGCUGUUUAAAAAGGAAAAACUUGAAGAUUAUUUAAUUUGUGUUUGUUGGUUUACACAACGCUGUCCCGAAGUCGCUCAUUUAACACCAAAACUUGAUGGAUUCGAGCGCUUAGAGCCACCACGCUUAGAAUCAAUAGCAAAAGCAUAUCUUUCAAAAUGUUUCGGGCGAAAAAUAAAGUAG